AUGGCGCUGCGUAUACAGUCGAGCGGCAUCAGCGCGUUUCAGGGACCGGAGGAUCGGGCUCUAUCACGAGAUAAAGCACCGCCCAAACGAGCCUCCGUCGCCAAGCCGCUGCAGUUCGUCACCGUCACGUCCACCAAGCAAAAGAACCGCAAGGAUGUCUCCAAGGUCGUCCGCACCCAGGCCAUGAGGGACUACUUCUGGAAGCAGCGCAACCCCGACAGCUCUGAAGCCGCCGCCAGCGACCUGCCCAUGGACCCGUCGCAAUACAAGGGCCGCUUCCGCCUCAACUCGCCGCCAAAUUCUGCAAAGGGCAAGGGCGCAAAGAAGGACAAGAGCCGCGCAAAGAAGGCGAGCCAGGUCCAGAUCGCCCGCGUGCAAAAGGGGCGCCCAGCGAGAGACCGAGGGCCGCUGCUGGAUAUUCGCUUCUACCUGACCGACGGCCUCUUGGAGAAGAUCCCGCCGACCAUGCUGGGCGCCACGCUGGAUCCGUUCGACUCAUUCAAGAUUGACAUGAAGCCCGAGGCCAUGAAACUCAUCUGGUACUAUAAGCAAAGUUACAUCAAAGAGUUCCUCGAGCUCAACGUCGGCGGCGGCUACACCCUCUUCGAUGCCAGAGAAAACUGCGCUCUCUUCCACGCCAUUUUGUAUCUGGUCGCUCUCGACUACGUCCUCCGCCGCGGUUUUGAAGAUGACUUAGGAUGCUUAUAUCAUUCCUCAGAGGCGUUCCGUCUCAUCAACAACCAGAUUAAGAGUGGCAAGAUUGAAGACUCGACAAUUGCUGCCGUCGCCAUGAUCUCCACCAAAGAGAACCUUGCUGGCAUGUUUGACAUUUCCUACAUCCACAUGCAGGGCCUCAAAGACAUGGUCCAGAAGCGCGGUGGUAUAGACAGUAUCAAGGGCGUACAUCGCGGAGUUGUUCUGUGGGCUGAUUUCUGCAAUUCGACAGUCUUCAACUGCACGCCACAAUUUUCCACAGAAUCCUCCCCCAAGGUCGAAGAAAUACCCUUCACGCCUGAUUCAGACCCUGCGAGCUCCCCUCUGCAAACCAUUCUCAACGACGAACUUCCGGUCCUCUUGGUCGUCCAGUCACUCCGCGACGUGUCUCAAGAGAAGGACAAUUACCGCUCAAUCACCCAAAACAACAAGGAAAUAAACAACAGAAUUUAUGACAUCGAAUACAAGCUACAUUGUCUCCAGACGAACAAACAUGAUCGCGGCACCAGCUGCGGGAAAGUGCUUCCGUUCUGCGUCGCCUUAAACAUCUACCUCUACCUGGCUAUACGAGAGCUUCCUGUCAGGGCCAAGAUGAUGAUGAUGUUGAUAGAUCGCCUGCAAGAGACUUUCAAUACCGAGCCUUUGCAGUGGUGGGUCUCUAAUCGGCAGCAAAAGAACCGAAUCAUGUGGAUUUUGUUUAUCGGAUACGCCGCUGGUACGGAAACUUACAAAGACGUCUGGUUCCUGGACACUAUUAAGGACAUGUGCAAGAAGUAUGAGAUUUACGAUAUGGACCAGCUCAAACAAAAUUUGAAGGACGUCUUGUGGCUGGAAUCGUGGUGCGGCCAGUACUUUGACAAGUUGAAGGUCGCCAUGCAAGCUUGA